GGUUUUGAACCUGGCCUCACGGCACAGAACUACCCAUGUCGGCGUAGAAUCUGCUCUGCAUCGAAUAAGGAAAAGCAUGUUUUCUACAUCCCGAUACUCGACUGUUGCAUUAAAUGGUGUUUAUGAUCACUUUUUUCUCUUCUUGUAGAUCCCUGUUUUGGAAGCUGACAAUUUUAAAAACGGCCCAGAGAAACCAAGGAGACAGAAAGAAAGCAGAACGAGGCGGUUUUGCCUUUGUAGUUAGAGAGGAAUGCGGAAAUGUUCCUGCUCUGUGUCAAACUUCUCUGAAGGGGGUCAAGGCGCAUUCAGCUAGCGUGGGAAAGGGAAAAGGAAUCUGAGCGAACUCUCCAUACUCUGGGACGGGGGAACAGCACUUCGUUCCUUGAGGAGCCUGCGGUAUGGACUGUGAUCUCCGGGAAAACCGAGUUUUUAAAGUACACGAUCUAGUGUGAAAAAAAAAUCGAAAAGCCCUUUUAGUUGAUUUGCUUGAAUAGGUCGUGCUGUGUUUGGUACUGCUGGAGGAUGGGGGUUCCAGCGCGUGCACCAUCCCUCUACCUGUGUGGCCCAGGGCAUAGACAGUGAGGGAUCUGUGAAGUAUUUGCAAACUUCUGCUCACGAAGAAAGGGCUGGUUUCAUCGCAGAUUGUAAGGACGUGCACGUCGCUACGGAUUUGGAUUCCUAAUCUAUAUCUAUCAGGUAUUACAAAUACAAGCCAUGCAUUUCUGGUGAUGUUGUAAUAAUUUUAAUGCUUCGUUUUCGUCGGGAUUUGGCACCGGCGAUAUUUUUAACCGCAAGUGAAAGAGACAAUAAAGAAGUGUAAGAUGGACAAAGACAGCACGGCUCCACAAUACGAACCUGUUGCUGAGAUCGGCGAAGGUGCGUACGGGAAGGUGUACAAAGCACGCGACUUGAAGAACGGUCGCUUCGUAGCCCUCAAAAGAGUGCGGGUUCAGACAGAGGAAGAGGGGAUGCCUUUGUCAACCAUCCGAGAGGUGGCAGUAUUGAGGCAACUGGAAUCAUUUGAGCACCCCAACGUUGUCAGGCUCUUUGAUGUAUGUACGGUGUCCAGAACUGACAGAGAGACAAAAUUGACACUGGUCUUCGAACAUGUGGAUCAGGAUCUGACUACGUACUUGGAGAAGGCACCUGAACCUGGUGUACCACCAGAAACCAUCAAGGACAUGAUGUACCAGCUCCUGCAAGGCCUGGAUUUUCUGCACUCCCACCGUGUGGUACACCGCGACCUGAAGCCCCAGAACAUUCUGGUCACCAGUGGUGGCCAGAUCAAGCUGGCUGACUUUGGCCUGGCCAGGAUAUACAGCUUUCAGAUGGCCCUCACCUCAGUAGUUGUCACGUUGUGGUAUCGGGCCCCAGAGGUCUUACUGCAGUCCAGCUAUGCCACACCAGUAGACCUGUGGAGCGUGGGCUGCAUAUUCGCCGAGAUGUUCAGCAGGAGACCGCUUUUUCAGGGAAACUCUGAUGUUGACCAGCUGGGCAAGAUUUUUGAUGUCGUAGGAGUGCCCAGCGUGGAGGACUGGCCCUUGGACGUGGCCCUCCCUCAGAGCGCCUUCUCCCCUCGGCCCCCCAGGCCCAUCGCUGAGCUCGUCCCGGAGAUGGAUGAGCAGGCACAGGCCCUGCUGCUGCAAUUUCUCACAUUUAAUCCCGCCAAGAGGAUCUCGGCAUUCGCCGCUCUCUCCCAUCCGUACUUCCAGAAUAUGGAGACUAGCAACAAAAGUUCCCAACAAAUCCCUAGCAACAAGUCAACGCUGGAGAAGGCGGCGGCCUAGCGGACAUGUCUGCCACCACGGACUUGACUCAAGGAGAUUAGCUUUUAUUUGGGUGGUUUGAAAUAUUUUUUGCUGAAAAAGAGAGGGGGGGGAAAGUCUUCCACAACAACAUAUGCUGCUCUUUUGAUUUCUUGAUAAUGGAAUCAAAAAUAGUUUGCCCACGAUAUGGAAUAGUUUUUUUUCUUUUUACUACAAUGCAAAGACAUCCCGUUCAGAAUCGAACCACCUGGGAAAAAUCUGGACUUCCAGAAGCUGCUUCCUCACAUGCUGUCUUCCAGAGGACACCCCCUCGAAGACCCCCUCCCCACCCAGACAGGGGGUCCUGGGUCUCACCACUCCAGCUGUUCUCUCCAGUUCAUGGCCAUACUUAUCUUUGCUCAUCUACUUAGCUGAUCAUCAGCACCCCCGCCAGUUCCCCCCAUCCCCAUCUGGCUUGUGCUCCCCCCCCCCCCCCCCCCCG